ACCAAAUUGAAAUCCAGCGAAGAAUCCAUAAAACCGCCCCUUUGUUUUCUUCUCCACACAGUUACACAGUUAGUCUCUCUCUCUCUCUCUCUCACAAAGCAUUUUCUCUCUCUUAAAUUUCCUUCCAACUCACUGACAAUGGCUUCGCCUCGCGAGGAGAACGUCUACAAAGCAAAGCUUGCCGAGCAGGCGGAGCGCUAUGAAGAAAUGGUAGAGUUCAUGGAGAAAGUCGUCUCAGCCGUGGACGGCGAUGAAUUGACCGUGGAGGAGCGGAACCUCCUGUCCGUAGCUUACAAGAAUGUGAUCGGCGCCAGGAGAGCCUCCUGGCGUAUUAUCUCGUCCAUCGAACAGAAAGAGGAGAGCCGCGGCAACGAAGGCCACGUGACGGCGAUUAAGAGCUACAGAUCUAAAAUCGAGUCGGAGCUCUCGUCGAUCUGUGACGGCAUUUUGAAAUUGCUCGACGGAAAACUCAUCGCCGCGGCUGGCUCCGGCGACUCCAAAGUGUUCUACUUGAAGAUGAAGGGAGAUUACCAUCGGUACUUGGCGGAGUUCAAGACUGGAGCUGAGAGGAAGGAAGCCGCUGAGAACACUCUGUCCGCUUACAAGGCUGCUCAGGACAUUGCAGUUGCAGAACUUGCUCCAACACAUCCAAUCCGUCUUGGAUUGGCACUCAAUUUCUCUGUGUUUUACUACGAGAUUCUGAAUUCUCCUGAUCGUGCUUGUAACCUCGCCAAACAGGCAUUUGAUGAAGCCAUUGCUGAGUUGGACACACUAGGGGAGGAAUCCUACAAGGAUAGCACUUUGAUAAUGCAGCUUUUACGGGAUAACCUUACCCUAUGGACUUCAGACAUGCAGGUAAUGUAUCUUUGUUGUUGUAGUAUGUGUUUAUUCAUUAAACUCAAUUGGUGGCAUUUUCAGACUGACCGAAAUUGGUCAUUGUUAUGGUUUAGGAUGAUGGCGUUGAAGAGAUCAAGGAAGCUUCUAAGCCAGAUGAGUAGGAAGGUCUGGAGUAAUCACGAUUUCAUGUCCAGUCAUGCUUAAUUGUAAUUUGCUACAAAUUGAAAGAGAGUGGAUUGAAGCUAGUAUUGCUCUCUCAUUAGGUGUAGGGAUUUGGAGUUUUGGUGUUUUCAUAUUGUUUAAUGUAAUGCCUUUGCCUUUUCAUGUUGGUUGCAGCUUCAGGAAUUGUUGAUUUUCCUGAAGUUUAGUAACAUAGUGUUGAUGCUUUUCAUGAAGUUGAUGAUUCUUGUUGCUGAAAUUAGCAAUAUAUCUGUUGUUAAUUGAUCUCACAUAUGAAAGACAACACUUUAGGGAUUAUCAGUCGCUUUGUUUCCUUUGGCUUUAUCAGAUUCUGAGGGUUUAUUGUUUCUGGAUUAUCAUUAUGAUUGUGACUCCUUUUCUCCCUUGAGAUAUUUUAUGAUAUCAUAUGCUGAUUGUGUAUGUAGGGCAAUUGCUGCUUCUUUUCAGAUUUUUUUGACUUCUUCUAAAGACUCGUCUUGGGACACUACCUUUUGUUAAAUCCUUAUACUAUCUUUUUUGGACCCAGUUAAGAUAUUUGGUUGUUAUGCUAUCUCCUUUAUCGACCCCAUUGUCAUAUUUUACUGAUUUUUGAAAAAAUCCUAUAUAAAG